AUGCACCCGACGGUCCCUCGUCGGGUCCCGCCCUUUGGGUUUGGAGGAAUAAACUGGCAGAAGACCGAGGCCCAGAAGCGACGCGAGCAACUCCUGCUGGAUGAACUGGUGGCCCUAGUGGACAAGCGCGACGCGCUCGUCAGGGACUUGGACGCGCAGGAGAAGCAGGCUGAAGAAGAAGAUGAACAUUUGGAGCGAACUCUGGAGCAAAACAAAGGCUAG